GUGUAUUAAUUGAAUUAGAUGAAAGCACAUAGUUGAAAUAUAUGUAGUACGGUAGCUGAACAUAACGGUCGAACGGAAUGUGAACAAUGCAACGAUUAAUUGAAAUAAAAUUGCGAAAUGAAGCUGAACGGAGAAUAAAAGAUUUUAGUACUAUGAGCUCUAAGCAACAACAAACGAAGGGAGCGGCCACAGACAAAAAUGUGGUCGACACAGCCGACCCAACCGUCGAUGAUGAUAAUAAGAGUGAUAGCGAGUACGAAUACGAGUACGAAGAGAUCGAGGUUGAAGUCGACGAGGAUUAUGAAGAAGAGUAUGUCGACGAAACGGGAGGCAAGGUGAUGAUUUCUGAAGUCGAAACAAUCGUGCCAAAGGAGGAAAAGAAGGCACAGGAGACGCUUGUUCUGAAGUCUGAUGGAACGACACAGAAGUUGAUUCAAAAAUCGAAGGUGUCCCGAACAACGGUCAGUCAAGAGAAACAAGUGAAGCAAGAGAAACAAGUGAAGCAAGAGAAACAAGUGAAGCAGGAAAAGCAAGAGAAAGUAACGAAAGUAGGAAAAAUAGAAAAACACGCCAAAGUGGAAAAGGUCGAAAAAGUUGAAGAAGUGGAAGCGCCCAAAGAGCAGGAAGGGAUCGAUAAGCCGCGAUUGGGUCGUGCAUUGACAAGCCAAGAAGAGUCAAUACUGUUGCCUCUACUCCAAGGAUUGUUAUCAGCGAACGGAAACGAUCUAACGAAAAUGAAACAUGAGAAUACGCCGUCGCGAGAGAAAGAACCAUCCACAAGCAACAAGAAUAGCCGAUCUAAUUCGCUUGCCGAUAAAAACGAAAAAAGUGACUCGGCAAAUGGAUCAAAUAUUCUGGAUGAGUUGUCAACAGCGUUGAAUCGACUGCAAAGUACGCUGUUGGAAGAGCAAGAAGUCGUAACCGAUACGCGGAAAAGGAACACAAUUCUAACGCUCGUCGCUUGGCUAAAACGCGUUUUGCAAACGUCAACCACCGACAAUGCCGAAGCGCAGCUGUUUUCACUGACCGAACUGUUGCCAACGGAAUUAUUGCUCUCGAAACUAAUGCCACAAUUGAAUAACGGUAUUGGCAAUGAUAAUGGCAAUGAUGAGACACCGCAAAACGACCGAUCACCGUCUUCGAAACGCUUUUCGCGACAAAAGAACAAUCGUUUCAACACGGUUGGUGUGAGUAAAGAAGAAUUGGCCGACGCACGAUUGUACUUGCAGAAGAAACUUUUGUCGGAAAAUCUUGCACAAACAACUGCCACCAAAGUGUCACACGAAGUUGAGCAACAACUCCUGCACGACGAGAGUGAUGACAGCCGUCGCAAGUCAUUGAACUUAACCUUUUCAAAUGACUUGGACAAAGAUAUUCGAAGUAUCUUUCGUGAAAGUAAAAAUUCAAGAUCGUUUUCAAAAUCAAUCGAUAUUGUACCAUCACCGGAGAGUGUGAAUUUGAAGCAUGUAUUCCCAGUGAAUCGACUUGAUAAAUCGAAUGCCUUGCCAGCAGCAGCAGCAACAACAGUAGCAGCAACAACGACUACUAUGACUCGAACGGAACAAACAAUAAGUCAAUCGAAAACCGCUUUGCGCCGAAAAUCGAAUCCAUCGGUUGAUGCAUUGACCGACUCCGAUGAUGAGGACUCACAAAAUGCUCAACAAACUCCAUCAAAUGGAACUGCAAACACCGCAAAUAAAUCAAUGAACAAAUUUGCACUACGCAAAAUGAAAAUGAAACGUGCCAAUACGAUUGAUGUACCGAAAGAACAAUUGGACACAUUUAAUGACGAUCAUGGAUUUUCGGAUGGCUUCAAAAAUAGUUUCGACCAUGAAAAGACAGUGGAUGAUAUUCGUGAGAAUAUAAAAUCGAAUUGUAACAAUGAAGUGGAUAAGAAUCACUUGCCCGAUUUCAAAGUCAAGUCAUCGGGUGAUAAGAAGUUUAUUGCAUUUUUGAAUAAGAAUGCGGACGAAAGUCAUUCAUCAUGGGUGAAUCCGUUGAAAACAACGUUGCCCGUGCAAAAGUCCAACUGGAGCAAUAAAUUUGGCAAUUUAAAAAAUUCGUUCGAACAUGAAGCCCCACAAUUGCCCGUAUCACCAAGAUUAAGUAAAAAGAAUAACUUUACGCAUGCGCCAACCUCACCAUUUAAGAUCGUUCAAGGUAACAAACCGCCACAGGUUCCGAAUGGAGUUCAUCAUCAUCAUCAAUAUAACAACAGUCAUAGUGUGCACAAUAAAGUGGCCGCAUUUCAAGCUCUCGAAAAACAGGUCCAACCGGUGGCAACUACCAAACCACAACUUCGAACACACCAAUCGGUACCAUCACAUCCAACCGAAAACUAUCAUCAUCCACUUUAUCGUGAUCCAAAUGUGCAUGUGAAGCAAAACAAUUGGCAACAAAAUAAAUACGGUUCGGUGGACAGUUACAUGCAAAAUACCGUGUCACCAAAGAUGCAGCAGACUUCAUACAACCCACUCUAUGUGCCAUUGGGCAAACAGCCAAGCCAAUCACCAUUGAAUCCACCAUACACACCGCCGCAUUCGAAUCAAAUGACACCAAAAUCACAAGUUUCUGCAUCGCCAAAUGACUUCCCAACUUACACAUACACCUCCACAGAUUACACCCAACCGACGAGCGUAUCAACAUUUGGCCCCGAAACAGUCACAUCACCAGUGAUUAAAGCUACCAUUUUACCCGACAACAGUUACUUGAAAUCGAAAUCACCGACGCGAACAAUGCCACCUCCACUGCUUGGAUCUUCGAAAUUGAAUCGUCAAAUGAAAACUGUCGAUGUGUACAGUUCAAAUGAAUAUCUCUCCGAACCGAAUAACUAUUAUCGAUCACCUCAACCAUUUUCACCCACAUACGAUUACAAUUAUGCACCCAGCCACACCAGUCACGAUUCACGACGCAGCUCUGGUGAAUUUAUGGCAACAUCACAAAUUAUGAAAUAUCCACAGGGUCAAACAGCAACGGUUGUUAAUAAAAUCACAACGCGGUACGAUGAUGAGAAACAAGCGGCCAAUUUGCGUACAUUCUUAACGAAUAAUCGAAAUGAGAAACGCCAAUCGGAAUAUAGUGAAAAGUCAAUGUCACCAUUGUCGGAGCCAAACUUUAGUCAUGUGAAUGAGACAUAUGUGCCACCGGUUGAAACUGUGCGCGUCAAACCGAACAAUAGCUUUGUAUCGAUGGAAAAUAUCUCGAGCGCACAAUAUAGUACGCCCGAACAAGGUGCACCGAUUUGCCUGCGGAACAAUACAUCUUAUUAUGGAUCGCACAAUGUGUUAGUUUCGAAUCAAAAUGAAUUUGCACCAAAGCCAUAUGAACUGCCCAAGCAGACAGUUCCACUCAGAAAAUUCGAACCGAGACCGAUGGAAAAUAGGAAAAUUGAUGCACCAGUGAAAUUGAACAGCUGCGGAGGACAAUAUAUUCAACCGAAAGUCGAUUCAAAUUUAGAUUUCAGCAAACCAACUUAUGGAAGGAAGCCUGCUGAUGGCAUACAGAAUAACGGAGUAAAAGGCACGAAUUUGAACAGAAGCCACACAAUUCAACAUCAACCCAAUAUUUCCAACUAUGAAAUUAAACGAAAGCAAUCACUUCCCGCACAGAACACGGAUUACUUUGAUUACUUGGAGUUUGACAAUCAUCAAAAUGUUGAUGAAUCAUCCCAUAAUCAAUACUUACCAUUUGGUGCAUUGAAAAAAUCGAAAUCAACUCAUACAUUGGCGCUGUUACAACAAUUCGAGUCGAAAGGUAACACGGAAGAACCUCCAUUGCCAUCGUACAUUAGAAGACCAGUUUUCAAUGAAACAAAACAACCGCAAAUUAAACCGAAGUCAAUUAUUAAGAAGGCACCCAGAGUUGAAGAAAGUAUACCUGUGCAACCAGCUCCAAAAUUUGUACAGCAGGCACCUAAACCAAUUCAACAAGUACCAAAACCGAUCCAGCAAGCGCCCAAACCGAUUCAACAAGCACCAAAGCCAAUUCUCCAGGCACAGCAUUCGAUUCAACAAGCACCAAAGUUGCCUCAACAACAACCGCCACUGCAGCCAUUUUCAAAAGUCGACACAUCAAUUCAGCCAAAGAGCCCUCCUCAAAGUACUCCAAUACGACCAAAAACACCUCCGAAAACUGUACCCGUUCGACCAAAAACUCCGCCAAAAAAAUUGCCCAUUCGUCCAAAGACACCACCACAACCUGCGCCAGUUCGAUCAAAAACACCGCAAAAACUUGAACCACCAGAAAUUACGGAAACUCCAUCGUCGCCAUUAGUUGAAGACGGUCACAUCAUUUACCCGGGACAAACAAAGGAAACGAAGCGUCGUGUUGCUCACUAUGCUCAAACACUAAACGCAAUGCUUAACCGUAAAUCGGUUGUAGUCGACGAUGAUGAAGAAGUUUGUGAAAAGAAAGAUUCGGCUAAAGGUGGUUUACAACGAUCAAAAUCGGGUACCCUGUUGACAGUGCCAAAGCAAUACGAAAGUGCCAUUAAGAGAUCGGAAGUGUUGGAAAAGGAACGAACAGUCGCCGCAUAUUUUUCCGGCAAUAAAUCACCACAAGGAUUGCAACGUUCAUCAUCACAGCACAGUGUCCAGUCAUCGGCAUCGAUACGAACGGUUGAGGAGCAAAAAUCCAAUACGAUCUCUCCGUCUGAAAUGAUGAGCAGUCGUACAACGACCACAAAAUCGGCACAUCAUCUCAAAAUCUUGCAAAAGAAACAAAAGUCAAUAUCGCCGAAUCCGUUGGCCAAAAGUCAAACGUUACCAAAUGUUAAUUUACUAGAUGAGAGCAAUGUCGAUGAUGCGUUUGACGAUUUGUUUGCUGAAUUUAAUCUGAGCAAAUAGACUCUUUAGCUUGAAAUUGUUGAGUUUCGUUCUCGAAUAAGAGAUGGUGCACUACGAGAUUCUUUAUAAGAAAAAAAAAACACAUUGUGAUCGAAGAGAACGAACGACUUUUCAGUAACUUGACCGAUGCUCGUAUGCACAUUAGACUGUUUUUUUAGGGAGUCAAUGCAUUUUAGUAUGCCUCUGUGGGGUUGAUUUUUGGGCGCACGCACGCAAUUUUUUUCUAUGAUUGACACAUAUAACAUAUUUAUAUCAUACAUAAUAACAACACAUGACUAACGCUACGAUAGACAAAAAGUGAUCAACAUUUUGGUUUUUUUUUUGUGUAAAAAACGAAUUAAAAUUUUAUUUUAAUUGAUUUUCUAUUUCGUUUUUUUGUUUGUUUGAAUACACGAAAAAAAGAGAGAUUUCUUUUUUUACAUUAUUAUUAUGAUGGAUUCGGUUUUUACUUUCUCACGUAUUGAAUAUAUGUUUUUCUUCUUUUCGUUUGUAGUUUGUCUCUUAAAUACUAAUUUUAAACGAUUUUUUAUUGGUAAAAUAAACUCUCAAUCGAAAUAUUUGCAAUUUCGAUAAUUGGUAGUUAUUUAAUAUCAGAGAAAAAAAAGAUAUUUUUAGCAAAAUAUUUUGUAUGAAAAACAUACAGAUCAAAAUAAUAAUAAUAAAAAAAAAUCUAUAAAAACAAUACACGCGAUAUAAAA